AUUAACGAUAUUUCCCCAGAGAGCACUUAUCUCAUCAGCAGCUUGUUUUCUACGACACCCACUCGGAAUGAGACCUGCAAGCAAGCCGUACGUGUUGCUCGCGAUAGCGUUGGGCCUUUUGCACUUCGUGACGCCAAGAACGACCGAACCCGAGGCCUGGACAGAAGAAUUAUGGCCGACAAACUACGAAAGCGCUAAUUUCACGGGAAUGGAAGAAACGGAGGCAUCUGGAAACUACUCCUGGAGCAACAUUUAUGACCAUUCUUCGAGCGAUGUUGAAGAUAACUCCACGAAACCGUUGUUCACGCAGCAUGUGAAUGUCACAACACGCACUGUUCACCUUCCAAAUGCUACCACCUGGUGGGACCUGACGAACCGCACAGGUGAGGACGGCGCCCAGCAUGUGAAUGCAACAGAACUGUUGUCUUUCGUGAAUGUCACUCACCCCACUAUUCAUCUUCCAAAUGCUACCACCUGGAGGGAACUGACGGACGACCCAGAUGAGGACGACGCCCAGCAUGUGAAUGCAACAAAACUGUUGACUUUCGUGAAUGUCACUCACCGCACUAUUCAUCGUCCAAAUGCUACCACCUGGAGGGAACUGACGGACGACCCAGGUGAGGACGACGUCCAGCAUGUGAAUGUAACAGUGAGUGCCCAAGGAACCACCCCCACUGUUCACCUAUGGGAAGAGGCAGCUUCGAACUCCACUACUACUACCUGGAGGGAAACACCAGACCACCCAGGUAAAGACAACAACGUGACAGAAAGUUUCAAUCCAGAUUUUGACCAGCCGUCCACCCCCUCACGCGAACCGCACCAGCCACUCGUCUAUCGCAACUACGGUCGCGCAAAUGUCACCGGAAGCGGCUGGCGCAUAACGGUUUACGACGAAGACGACGUGCCGUGCUUGAAGAUGAAUCUGCAAGUCCUAAUCAAUGUGUAUCUCGUACGAAACAACCCGCGCUCGCCCCCUUCCUUCAUCCAGAUGCUCCCCACGUCACCGGAUGAACUGCACGUGGAGGGCGAGUGCAACAACGGAUCCUCGCUGGUCUUUCUUUCGUGCGAAAGCGCGAACCUCACGCUGAGCUUCGACGGAGGCGAAAACGGCACGUGGUCCCUGGUCGAGGUCGAACUGUCGGUGGUAAAUCGCGAGUGGUUCGAGAAGCACCAGAUCUGCGAGUCUCCCUGUGAUCCCAUCGGUUUGAAGACGUCCCCUGAAGACGCCUGGUCGUAUAAUUCGCGCACCAGGUGUAGAAAAGUCGACGUACCUCUAAAACACGGGGAGGGGAGACUACAAGCGAUGGUAUUUUUAAUGGACGAUUUUCAUGUGGAGCCCUUCCUCUCGACGGAGAGGGUUGAUUUUGAAGAAAAGAAAUGCCAAUAAAGUGCAAAAUUUGUUCUGGAUUCUACCUCGUGACACUAACUUUUCCUUUGUUGUAUUAGGAGCACAGUAAAGAGCCUUGUUAAACGUA